GGAGUGGGACAGCCGGGUAGCUGCAGCCCACUCCAGCCGGCAGGGAGCCUCCCGGAGCGCAUCUCGCCCGCCAUGCCUGCCGAGGGAGAGCUGCUGAGCGAGGCGGCCGGCGGCCCAGAGCCCCGCGAGCCGCAGGAUCUGCGACAGGUCCCGCACAUCCUGCAGCACGGCCACCGUAAGGAGGAUCGCACCGGCACCGGCACCAUCUCCGUCUUCGGCAUGCAGGCGCGGUACAGCCUGAGAGAUCAGUUUCCACUGCUAACAACCAAGAAGGUGUUCUGGAAAGGAGUGCUGGAGGAGCUGCUGUGGUUUAUCAAGGGUUCUACGAAUGCAAAAGAGCUCUCUGCAAAGGGUGUGAAGAUUUGGGAUGCUAAUGGAUCACGUGAGUUCCUGGAUAAGCAAGGUUUCAGCACCAGAGAGGAGGGAGAUCUGGGACCAGUUUAUGGUUUCCAGUGGAGGCACUUUGGAGCAGAAUACAAAGAUAUGCACACAGAUUACUCCAACCAAGGAGUUGAUCAGUUGCAAAAAGUGAUCGAAACGAUCAAAACCAAUCCAGAUGACAGAAGAAUCAUUAUGUGUGCUUGGAAUCCCAAAGAUAUUUCUCUGAUGGCUUUGCCUCCAUGCCACGCGCUUUGCCAGUUCUAUGUUCAAAACGGUGAACUGUCUUGCCAACUCUAUCAGAGGUCUGGAGAUAUGGGACUAGGAGUGCCUUUCAAUAUUGCCAGCUAUUCACUGCUCACAUACAUGAUUGCCCAUGUCACAGGGCUGAAGCCUGGGGAGUUCAUACACACAUUAGGAGAUGCUCACAUAUAUCUGAAUCAUGUGGAACCUCUAAAAGUUCAACUUCAGAGGGAGCCAAGACCUUUCCCCAAACUCAGAAUUCUUCGUAAGGUUGAAGACAUCAGUGACUUCAAGGCAGAAGACUUUCAGAUUGAAGAUUAUAAUCCUCAUCCACCUAUUAAAAUGGAGAUGGCUGUUUAAUGCUAUAAACCAGCUUCUAUUAAUGGGAAAAUGUACCUAAGCUACUUAGUUUUUUCUGUACUUAAAGUGGUGAGGGUUUUAUAUACUUAAAAAGAUACAAACUUUAUUACUGAAAAAGAAACAUA